AAAAAAUGUCCACACAUGGCUGUUGGAGCUUGAGGGAGUUUUAAUCCUGCACCCCUUUACCCCCCAGAGCAGCCCUUAUUUCAACAUACUGCAGUACUGGCUUGUGUUGGACUGGUCUGGAGGCUGAGCAGCCUUCCCUGACCCCCAAAAUCAGUCCUUUUAGCCUCAGAAGCACAGAGAGAAUGAUUUGUUUCUCUAUUCUUAUGGUAGCUGUUUUCUCUAGCCUGGCAUUUACAGCCCAGCUGCAAUUAACCUCCUCUGCAGCAUGGGAGUUCAACAGAGAUGAAGCCCAAGCUGGGUCCUUCUUCUUGGCUCUAAACCUGUUCUACACCAAUGCUUUGCUCCAGCCCCCCAAAACAAACACUUUAUUGUAAGCAACUCAUAACAGUGGGAAAAGAAAGAGUGAAAAUUUCAGAAAAGUUAGUGAAAGCACCAGAAAUUAAUGGUGUGGUGAGGUGGGCAGGAUGCAGGCUGGAAAAAAGAAGAGGGGCUGUUCCCCAUUAGAGUAGGAUGGGUUCACAGGGGGUUGGCUAGGCUGGGGACAGGGAUGGUUGUCUUUAAGAAUCAAAAUUCCCCUAGAAAUUGUGCAGCUUCAUAUUAGAAAUACACCAAAACUCAACAAUUCCCCCCCAACAUGGCCCAGCCGUGAGCCAAACACUGGUGAUUAGGAGCUGCUGUUCCUCAACAAGGUCACUGACAAAUCUUGCUUGUGUGAACAGAUAAGAUCAACUUACACUCUUCUUUCCUCCCAUUUUCUUCCCAGGAUAGCAGCCCCAAACAAUGUGGGGAUGUUAUAAACAGCAGCUGUCUCCUGCACGUCCACACAGUGCUUUGAUUUUUGUUGGUGAUAUGCUGCCAGACAGAAGUAUGCCUCCUCCAAAAUGUUUUCUUGUAGGAGCAACAGCCAUUCCUGAGAACAGCUUGGCCACUGGGGCUUUAAGGGUACCCUGUGAAGUGCUGGAGAAGAGUAUAGGGCUGUUGCCCCGGUGCACUCAGGUUUGGGGCUCGGUGCAGAAGAAGCUGCUGGGUUGAGGCUCCAGGUGCUGCUGUGGCAGAGGCUCUUUGGCAGCUGCUGGUGAGAGAUCUGCACAGAGAGGGGCAAGGACUUCCUGAGGUGAAGCCAGCCCUGCCACCAAGGGGUGACAGCGAGAGGAAAAGAGGAGCUGGCACAAAACCCCUCCGUCACCGAGUCCGCCACCAUGGUCUGGCCAUGGCUCCAUCUCUACAUCUGCCUCCAGAUCCCAGGUUUUUAUACACUUUUAACCCAAACUCCAGGGCACCUUCCAGCCCAAACUAACAGUAAAACCGAAAUGCUCUGUGAGGUGAAGAAGGAGCAUACCGGGGUGUACUGGUACCGCUGGAGCCAGGAGAGGCAACAUUUUGAGUUCUUGGUAUUUUCCAACAUGCUGGGCAAAGCCACGUACGGCACAAACGUGAGCCGGGACAAAUUCAGUGUCCAUGAGGCAAGGGCCCACAGCUCCUACACCCUGCACAUCAGCCACCUGCAUCCCUCAGACAGCGGCACUUACUACUGCUCCAUCUCCCAGUCCUCCCAGCUCCUCCUGGGCAGUGGGACACAGCUCAGAGUGGCUGAUGCUUUGCCUCUGCCUCCAAAGACCACACAGACACCAGUGUCCAAAAAGCCCGUGCCGCGGAUAACCAAAAGCAAAGCUGCCAGCAGGACAGGUCCCUGCAGUCCCCUGGUCUGGAUCCCCCUGGCCGCGGGUGUCCUGCUCCUCCUGCUGGGCCUGGUGCCCGCUGCCCUCCGCCUCCACCGUCUGCGGCGGAGGCUGUGGCUUCGCAUCCACAGGCAGUAAAUCCCAGAAAAUCCCAGAAAAUCCCAGGAAAUCCCACUGCCCCCGUGCCUCGGACAGGGAGGAGCCACGGAGCCUCCCCUGCUCAAGGCUGAGCAUGAGGCUGUCCCAGGCAGGGGACAGACGUGGGCUUCUACCACAAAACAGACAUUUCUUUCCUGCGACAGACCAUGACUUCAAUAUUUUCCUUGGCACAACAGCUGGCAAAAGGACCAAGCUGGAUUCUGCAGCAUCCUGAGCACUUCUCAAAGGAAAAUGAGCAGGGCAAAUGCCACAGCUGGCUCUGCACAGGGGGAAGGGGCUGGUGCACCAAAGGGAUUCAGAUGGGCUGGAAAACUGAGCACCUUGGGUCUCCUCUGUUAAUCUGUAGGACAGCACAAAGGUGCUUUUUUUGCCCCUGUUAAUACUGGUUGAUAAAAUUUUGAUUUUAUAAAAACAAACACUGAGAGCAACCAGCAGGGAUGGGGAAGACGAAACUUGUAAAGACCCUGUGCAGGUUUAUUCAAUACCAAAAGUGAAUGUAUCACUCA